AUGAGCAACGGCGGGUCGACUUCUAUGAGAGGCGACGGCACCAUCGUCAGUAUACAGGGGAGCAUGGCCGGAAGGUUCGUUUUUCUGGGCACGAACAAACUGUUCGAUGCGAGUCACAGCCCGCACGCCGGCUGGCUCUACAAGUACGCGGUGCCGGGUGCGCGGGGCGUUUCCUCCAUCAAGUACAACCAGCAGAUGAAGCUGUUCAACAUCGCUCCUGCUGGGAUCGCGACCGUGCAAGUGAUGCCCUUUGCCAACUUGGCCAACAUCACCAUUCUGCCCCGCCAGGACAUCACCCUCAACCUUGCGGCCUUCUAUCUCGCCUUUGCCCACAAGUGA